GGAAGUAACGUUCCCUUCAGUUGAACGUUCUAAAAUAGUGAUCCUUUGCCUCACCUAAUCCUUAAAUCUUGAAAGUUUUUGGUUUUAAAAUUUCCAUGAGUUCUAGAGUGCUUCAUCGGCACAGUUAUGACGUGUCUGAUCAAAAGCAGCAUCCUUAUUGGGGUAGUGCAGUCUAUAUCUUUUACUCUCAAAGCAAACUCGAAAAGGUGCUUUUUGGACGGCGCAAGAAAGGAUAUUCCUGUGAAGGGUGAAUAUUCAGUUUCUACCAACGAUCGUUACAAUGUUAAGCUAACAGUCAAGGAUGCCAAGCCAGACAAACUCGAAGAUCUCUUAUAUAACAAAGACGCUGCCACAAAAGGCAAAUUUGCAUUUUCGUUCGACUACGACGCAGUGAUGGAAAUUUGCUUUCAGAAUCAAGCCCCAGAAGGAAGUGGGAUUGACCGCAUUGUUACACUGAAUGUCCUGCUUGRRUUUGAAGCUAAAAAUUACAAAGAUAUUGCUGUGGCUCAAAAGCUAGCUCCACAUGAAGCAGAAGUAUUAAAGUUAUCUGAUAUGUCUGAUUAUCUUGUAAGAAGUUUUGGAUGGUUAAUUGUAAAAGGAGAUGAAAUGCAUAUMACAAAUGAAUCCACUAGUGAUCGUAUAUUGUACUUGGGGGUGUUUGUUACYAUCCUCUUUGUCACAUUAACAGCUGGACAACUGUUCUAUUUACACAGAUUUUUUUCUGCAAAAAAACUCAUAUAAAGAUAACUCUUGUAAAUAUUUUAAGCAUUAUAAAACAUGUUCUUUUUCACUGAAACUACAGAUUCAAAAUAUUUUCAGGUAGAUACUUAACUGAAUUAUAUAAAUCUAGACUUUCUGGGCUAAAUAACURAUGAGUCCCCUAAUGCCAACAAAUAACUUUGAGGACUAUUUURCAAGCAUCACUUAUUUUCUCUUCUUGUCAAGUGAAACAGCAGCUGCUUAUUUAUUAAUAAACAAUUUUCAUCUAAA